GGGGAGUCACACCCGGCUUCAAGCCUAGCCCACGAGGCUCUGCCCCCUUCAUGGGGGUAUGUCCCCUCGCACCUGCUAACCUCAGGCCCCGCCUCCAGUCACAGGUGCAGAAACCGGAGACUGUUGGAAAACUGGGCUUGCAAGAGGGCGGAAGUACUGUGUUUACUGACGCCUUAGUAAGGGCGGAAGUAGAGGCCUCAACGGAAGUGGCGCUAGUAAGGGCGGGCAGUGUGGCAGGGGUCCGAGCCGGGGUUCUGUCCCAGCUGAGCUGUCGCCCCCGUUGGGCUGCCACAAUGGAACUCAGCGCGGAGUACCUCCGGGAGAAGCUGCAGCGGGACCUGGAGGCGGAACACGUGGAAGUGGAGGACACGACUCCCAACCGUUGCGCGUCCAGCUUCCGAGUCCUCGUGGUGUCGGCCAAGUUCGAGGGGAAGCCGCUGCUUCAGAGACACCGGCUUGUGAACACUUGCCUAGCAGAAGAGCUCCUGCACAUCCAUGCCUUUGAGCAGAAAACCCUGACUCCAGAGCAGUGGACCCGUGAGCAGCAGAAAUAAGGGACCCGGACUUGCACAUCUAUUAAAUUAUGAGUCAGGCCCAGCUUCAGUGUCAGUGUGUGUUGUGUGUAGGAGGGUGGGAGGUGUGCAGAGGCCGGGUCUAGGGCCUGGCUUCUCCCUGCCCUCCACUCUCCAUUGUUUUACUUUGGGCAAGUCCCUCUCCACACAGAGGCCUUUGUGUCCCCACUUAUAAAGUGAAAGUUCAGUA